UCAAGUUAGUAUACGUAUAAUAGAUUCAAUUUAUUUUCGAAAACUCUUCAGCAAUUUCAGGAGAAAACCCUAAAGAUAUAUUGCUUAAAAUAAAAACAAAACAGGAUGCUUAACUCCUCAUAUAGGUCUGUACGUCGGUCCCGCUUUCACUAUUCCAGGUAAAUCGGGGUCCCAACAAAGUACAAACAUAUACAUAAUUCUUAUUUUCUAUAAAGGAGGUAAACAUACCUCUCAGAAUAGUUUUUGAAUUAAAUUCAUUCUGUGCUUAACCAUAGAUACCUAUCAACAACAGAAAAGUCAGUCAAAAAUGAACAUGUAGAAUACAGCCUUCAAAAUUUAUCAUUUAAACGAAAUAGAUUUAUUAUAUUUCUGGAUAAUAGAAAAUUAAAUGUAAUCAUCAUGAAUUGGUUUCCUAAGUCUCCGAGUUUGAAAGAAGGCCUCAGUGCUAUGAGAAGAUAUUCCGGUGGUGGAAUAUCAUCGAAGCCUACCGAAACUAAAGGUGGAGUACCCUCAAAACCAAUCGGUCCUAAGGAAAAGAACAAUGUACCGGAAAUAGCACAGGUGUCACCCACAACCCCUUGUGAUGUAUCUGAUUCAAUAGUUGAUCCAAAACCCGGCCUUAACGCAAGCAACGACAAUGAAAAAGCCAUAAAGUUUACGAAAUAUUAUCGUAAGGCAGAUGGCGAACUUUACCAAAGCAUUGCUGUUUACUUCAACGAUCAAAUUAACUAUCAUAAAUCCCAGGUGGAACUCCACAAGUCUGCCGUGAAGAAUUUACAAGAAAUGCAGAAAGUAAUUAAAGAAAGGUCAAAUUUGUAAUUAUGAAACUAAAUGUUACUGUCAAGUAUUUUUCAAUAAACAAGUUAUUU